CCACACACCCUUCUCCCAGUCAUUCAGUGUUCGACGUUGGUGCUGCUUGUGAAAUCUCAACUCCUUCGACGUCUCAGCUCACUCUGUUGUUAAAACAAAGCUAGAAGAUGGCUCGUACCAAGCAGACCGCCCGUAAGUCAACUGGAGGAAAGGCGCCAAGGAAGCAGCUCGCGACCAAGGCCGCCAGGAAGAGCGCGCCUUCAACCGGUGGAGUCAAGAAGCCCCAUCGUUACAGGCCCGGUACCGUGGCUCUGCGUGAGAUCCGUCGCUACCAGAAGUCCACCGAGCUGCUGAUCCGCAAGCUGCCCUUCCAGCGUCUGGUCCGUGAGAUCGCCCAGGACUUCAAGACCGACCUGCGUUUCCAGAGCGCGGCCAUUGGAGCUCUUCAGGAGGCUAGCGAGGCAUACCUGGUGGGUCUGUUCGAGGACACUAACCUGUGUGCCAUCCACGCCAAGAGGGUGACCAUCAUGCCCAAGGACAUCCAGCUGGCCCGCAGGAUAAGGGGCGAGAGGGCUUAAGAUGCCAAGCGGCACCCCUCACACGCGCAGCAGGAUGCCUGCAUAUUUAUCAUUUUACACAAAUUUGUGGACAUUUUUAUUUCUUGUUCUUGUACCUAUUUUCUCUCCUUUCCUUAAAUGUGUUUCUAGACAAGAUCAAAAUGCCAUUCCAAUCCACAACCUCCUUUUUAAAUGUGUUUUUCAAGUGAGCGCUGUGAUUACACACACAUACACUUGUGCAGGCCAGCUCUACCACAGAGGGUGUCAACUGCUACUGGGUUUGGUUUUGGGUUCUUGUCAUGGUUCCUAAGUGGCUCGAUAAGACUCGAACCGUGACCCGGUUCCUGAGCCACCCUCUGGGGGUCCAGAACCUGGUCUGGGUUUUAACAAGACGGCAUCUGAGAUUCACACGUUGGGUACCGUGUGCAGUGCAUCCCCAUCCUCUCCGGUUUGGUGUGUUCUGUUAAAGGAUGAGGGUGCUUAAGAGGGUUGUGUGUGUCUGGACGUCAGAAGGUGCUGGCCUGUCAUUGGAGUUUUCCAUAGGGCCUCCAUGCAAUAAUAACUCAUGACUUUGGCAGUUUGUCUGUUCUACGGUCCCUUCCAUCUUCUGUAUGUUCCAUCUCCGGGUCUUGGGGAGAAUCCAGAACAUUUGGGAAUCCUCUUGUAUAUUGAAUUGAUUGAUUUUUUUUUGGGGUCAUUUUUAUUUUUCCAAUAUAAACCUUGGCAGCUACAUUGAAUACUAUUUAUGAAGUGUUAUCACAUUGUAGACUUUCUAUUAAACGACAUGGGUCAAACCAGA